GGGCGAAUCCGUCCGGAAGACUUACCCAUGUGUAGUGGGUGGGAAGUUUCCUUUCGCUAACAGACUGUCAAGACCUUGGGAAAAUGCCGGUGUGAGGUUGUGCGCGUCCCCGAUUUCGUUACUGCUUGUGAACAAACGCGCUUUUGCCGCAGCCCCGCACUAAGUGGGAGCGCGCUGGUGUCAGUAUGCCAUGGGGAUCUGCUGGACUCGGUGCUGCAACCUCUUCAGAAGAGAGAGCAGUCGCCUUCAGCGAGCCGGAGGAGGGUCAAAGUAUUUUAGAACAUCCGGGGGUGAACACUUUACUAUUGAAUUUGAAAAUCUUGUAGAAAGUGAUGAGGGAGAAAGUCCGGCAAGUAGUCAAAGGCCUCUCAGUGAGGAAGAAAUAGCCGAUUUAAAAGAGAGGCAUUAUGAAUCAAUUACAGAGCGACAGAAGAUAGAUGAUAUCAAGCUUCAAGAUGAGUUAGCCUUACAAGAGGAGAAGUUAAGACUAGAAGAAGAGGCAUUAUAUGCUGCACAACGUGAAGCAGCCAGGGCUGCCAAGCAAAGAAAGAUUUUGGAGCAACACAGGUUGCAGUGGAUGAGACAGCGUGCUCAAGCUUCUAAACAUGGAGAAAACCACAAGAGCUCUAUAGCAGAAGAUUUUGAAUCUUAUUUGCAGAAUGUGAAGUCGCAAUAUGAAGCUUUUAGGAGUAGUCGGCUUUCUUCAGACACCAAUAUUUUGACACCGAAUACUGAGAGCAGCUGUGACCUAACAACUAAAACAAAGUCUACUAGUGGGAAUGAUGAUAACACGUCCUUGGAUCUUGAAUGGGAGGAUGAAGAAGGAAUAAAUAGGAUGGUCCCAAUGCGAGAACGCUCCAAGACUGAAGAAGACAUUCUUCGAGCAGCCUUAAAAUACAGUGGGAAGAAUCCUGGUAGUCAAACAGCCUCUGCCUCUGAUGAUUCAAAUGGGUUGGAAUGGGAGAAUGAUUUUGUUAGUGCAGAGAUGGAUGACAAUGGCAACUCAGAGUAUGCAGGGUUUGUAAACCCAGUCACAGAACUUUCUGCAGAACAGCAACACAGGUAGUUGGAACAAGGAUCUUCUGAUGAACGAUAACCAAACUUGUUAUAUAUUCUUCUCCCUGGAUUUAAAAUAAAGAAUGUAUUUUUUUUUCUGGAGCCUUUACUUAGAAAUUUAUAACUGGAAGAUUUCCAAAAUAAGUGCAAUUUUUUAUUGUUUUUGUUUUCUUCUACUACAUUUAUUUUUUAUGAAAUAUUGUUUGGGGGAAAAUUAGGUAGAAUAUUCUGCAUAUAAAUAGUUUCACUAAUAAAUUAUAUGAGAUGAGGAAGAAGGAAGGCUGAGUCCAAGUGUCAAUAAACAGGUUUAUUGCGGAGCAGGCUUUCUUGAUACAAGGUAAGCUCCAAUCUUACGCGUUUCGCGCAUGAGCACAUGCGCUUCAUCAUAAAUUAUAUGCACUAAUUGAAAACUUGAGAUUUUUGUAAAUGUGUUUUGCACUUCACAUUCUUUUAUCUGAGCUCAUUUGUAUUCUUUAUUUUAUUUAAUUCAUGCAAGUUGUAAGCUUUUCAAGUAAUUGUUUUAAUGAAAAUAAGUGUGAGUAUGUGUAGAAUUUUUUUACAUUACAUGAUGGAUUGCAGAAAUGUGUUCACUUAUGUGCUAAACACCUUUUCUAAAUGUGUUCUUUUUCUUAUUUUCUCUUAAAAUAUAUUCAUAGUUGUACAGUUGUAAAGAAUGCUUCUUGCAGAUAUGUUUGAGGCUUUCUCUACAAUUGCAUGGAAGUCUGUACUCUGUAAAUAAAUGGAAACACUCAACGGACAGCUGGCGUCAUUUAAAGUUCAUGGAAAUUGAGUUACUUUAUUUGAUUUUCCUGUAGCUGAUAUUAUAAGGAGAUGGAAAUCAAAUUUUUUAAUGUAAAAUGUAUUAUUCACUACAAGCAAAAGCAAUGCACCUUUUAACGUAAGUCUCCAGCAUACACAAAAUACACAACUCUGUAUAAGAAAUGUAAACUGCCCAAUAAAUUUUUUUAGUCUGUUGAUUAAUGCCUAA